CACAUUUGUACGCAAACUUCAGUUGAGAAGAUGGCGGAGAGCGAGCUGAACGUGGACAGUCUAAUCUCUCGACUUUUGGAAGUGCGAGGAUGCCGACCAGGGAAGAUUGUGCAGAUGACCGAGGCGGAGGUGAGGGGCCUGUGUAUCAAGUCCAGGGAGAUCUUUCUGAGCCAACCCAUCCUGCUCGAGCUGGAGGCUCCGCUCAAAAUCUGUGGUGAUAUCCAUGGCCAGUACACAGACCUGCUCAGGCUGUUUGAGUAUGGUGGCUUCCCUCCGGAGGCCAACUACCUGUUCCUGGGGGACUACGUGGACCGAGGGAAACAGUCCCUGGAGACCAUCUGUCUCCUGUUGGCCUAUAAGAUCAAAUACCCAGAGAAUUUCUUCCUGCUCCGUGGCAACCACGAGUGCGCCUCAAUAAACCGCAUCUACGGCUUCUACGAUGAGUGCAAGCGCAGGUUUAACAUCAAACUGUGGAAAACCUUCACGGACUGCUUCAACUGUCUCCCCAUCGCAGCCAUCAUUGAUGAGAAGAUCUUCUGCUGUCAUGGCGGCCUGUCCCCAGACCUGCAAUCCAUGGAACAGAUCCGACGGAUCAUGAGGCCGACCGACGUCCCUGAUACAGGUUUGCUGUGUGAUUUGCUGUGGUCAGACCCUGAUAAGGAUGUCCAGGGCUGGGGAGAGAAUGAUCGAGGCGUGUCCUUCACCUUCGGGGCUGACGUGGUUAGCAAGUUCCUCAACCGCCAUGACUUGGACCUCAUCUGCCGAGCACAUCAGGUCGUGGAGGACGGGUACGAGUUCUUUGCGAAGCGUCAGUUGGUGACGUUAUUCUCUGCGCCAAACUACUGCGGAGAGUUUGACAACGCAGGAGGCAUGAUGAGUGUGGAUGAGUCACUCAUGUGCUCUUUUCAGAUCCUAAAACCUUCUGAGAAGAAGGCGAAGUACCAGUAUGGUGGGGUGAACUCUGGUCGCCCCGUCACUCCUCCCCGUACCACACAGGCCCCCAAGAAGAGGUGAGCGGCUUGCCCCCGCACCGCUACCCCACCCCUACGAGCAACUGUCCUGUCCUAACCUCCUUUUCUUAAUAUUCCUGUACAUACAUUUUGCCGUGACCAGUUAAUUCAGUUCCUUUUUUUCCUGUCUGCCUGUUUGCUGUUUGUUUUUAAUAAUAACAACAGUACUGGUGAUGUAAUGUGGGUAAGGGUUGAGUGUAUUGGCCAGCGCACUCUCUCUUGCUCUCUCGCUCGCUCUCUCUGUCUGGUGAUCUAUGUGGAGCUGAUAGUGGGUUCAUUUUUAAACACUGUGGGAUUUUGAUCUUUGAUCUCUCUGGUUUCCUUUACAAGUGCAAAAGCGGUAGCACCUUUAGAGUGGAUCCUAAGACACACACACGCGCACGCACACACACACUGCUCUCAUACAUGUUUGCACACGCGUGCACGCACACACCUCAUUAUAAGAAUAGACGGCAGAAAGUUUUUAAAGAACAUCCAGAGGCAGUGAUGACUCAGGGUGGGCGAAAGAAACUUGGAUAGGAAGGAAGAUGAUGGAGAAAGAGCGUGAGAAGUGCGUCAACCCUGCAUCACUGCACGCACGCACACACACACGUCAGGAGAGGAGCGGCCUCCAGGACGACGUUAAACUGCUACACGUAUCAAAGUCCUGUCAGGCCCAUAUUUAUGGGACUUGUGACCAAUAGCUGAAUCAGUUAAAAGAGGAUUUUGGAACCAGAUUGGAUGAGGCUCUUGCUAUGGCGCGUGCACACACAUACAUGCGCACGAGCACACGUUCAGAUUUGUGUUUUUGUGCGUAUGAUUUGGGGGGGGGGGGGGGGUUGUGUUCCCUGAGGAUUGCAGUAAAACAUUAACUGGGUGACUUAUGCCCUUCUGGGUUAACUGACUGUUAGGGAUGAGUGACGGUUUAUUAGGAACGGGGUGUGUUAUUACCGCCCCUCUUCAGCACCUGUGUCUGAAUGUACCGCAUGUGUUUAAGAGAAUGAACAGGGGGUGUGUGGGGAGGGAAGAGUGGGGUGUUGGCACUGCACAUAACAUCUGUGGAGCUGCUGGACGCCUCACCAGAAGAGCCACGUUCAUUCUACAGCAGCAAGUGCCCCAGUCAUACCGAUCGGAAAAGGAACUGCAGGUGCGUGGCUCACAGGACGGACCUGAUUGGCUGACUGAGCCGCCAGUCACACCUGUGUGCUUGUUGCAUAUACAGGAAAAUACUCUGUGUGUGUAUGGGUGUGAAGAUUUGUUCAUUAAUAUGUCAGUUUUCAUUAUUGUUUUAAAUUGGUGUGUUCUUUGUUUAUUGGGGUUUUUUUUUCCUUAAUUUAUUUUUUGACAUUGGGGAAACUGAAGGAAUUCCAGAAAGUAGCGCUGACAUUUGUAUAGGCCGAGUGGGUCUCAGAUUCUUUGAACUCAAUAAAUGGGAGAAAAAGC